AUGUCAUCUGAAUAUUCUUCAACUAUUCACCUCACACAAGAGGAACUACAACAGGAUGUCCAAAUAUCAGUUUCUGACGCUCAAGAAUGGACAGCUGAGAUUCCCUUUAUAGGUCUCUGUGACUAUGAUGACAAUGAAUCAGUUGACCUCUUCUUGUUUAUUACAAAUGGGCCCAAAUUUACACAAGCACAAUUCAAUCCAGAUCACUGGCCACCUACAAAUGCAGAUAGCUACAAUGGCACACUAAGAUGUGCUCGCAACCGCAAGUAUGCCAAUAAAGAAAAAAAUAAGGAUGAAUAUGAUGCGCAAGGUGUUUGUUUUGGCCCUUGCCAUAAGUCGCACCAUCAUGAUCGCAAAAGAAAUCGUGUAAAUGGACAAACCAAACCCCGAGCUACCCAAACAGCCAAGGACACUACUGGAAACUGUCUAUGCAACUGUCGCCUAUCUUUGAAAUUCUCUAGGAAUGAAGAGUUCAUCUACCUUGCAUGUAAGGGAGAGAAGAUCCACAAAUACCACCCCAAAGCCCCCGGUCCAUUGCCUUUGAAGGCAAACAAUCUAACUGACGAGCAAAAACAGCAGCUCCUGGCUCAGCAGAGGGCAGCAGUUGCCAACCCCCAAUCUCGCAAAAUCUUACUUGAGCUUAAGCAGGGGUACAUUUCAAAAUCUGCCUAUCGAACUGUAAUGAUAACUGCACCGGACUACAUAGCCGCAAAAGCUGUUGCUGGUGCAAACUCCUCUGCCGCUGAGUUUAUAGGCUGGUUGAGAGCUCAAGCCGCAAAUCCUGAAACAAAUCUGUCGUAUAUGGUACUCUCCUAUGCCCUGACGUCUAAGAAUUGUUGUGUUGUUAGAAGGUAUAUCCAAAAUCCAAAGGGUUGGAGGUCCAACAGCAAUCCUCCCUCUAAUCCCGAGACUGUCAUGAACAACCUGACAUACAGGGAUGAACUUCUACUACCGAUUGAAAUCCAGGAACCCUUGGCAAGCUCUCGCAAAUCAACCCCUACUCCUCCCAUUGCAAAUGAAGUUGACAACCAAACCAUUAGGAACAGUUUGGCCUACACCUCUGGCGAUGGCAAAGAAUCUUGCGAUGAGGAUACAGGUAGUAGCCAUAUGGAUUGUAAUGCAGCUCAGGGAAAGGUCGGAAUUGCUGAUAAACUAUGUGCCAAGCCUGCCCCCAUUGUUCCCAAAGGCUUAUACUCUAUUGCAAAUGUAUCCAUUGCAAACCAGACCAAUGACAAUUUUGCACAAUCUGUGGAAGUUGAAUCAACUCUCAAGGGGGUCGCACCAAUGGUUGAGCUUGUUGAGCAAGCAGAAACGCAUCUCCUUGCAUCUAGUGACACAAUUAUGUCACCCACUAAAGUUAUGCUUGGAGGUGCAUGGAUGACAGAAGCAGAGAAACGUCACUUUUUCCGCUUCCCUGAGGUUUUGUUCAUUGACGCUACACACAAGUCAAACAACAAAGGCCGGCCUCUUCUCCUUGUCUGUGGUAGAGAUAGUGGUGGUAAGGCGUUUGUCAUCCUUCAGAUGUUCAUGCCCAACAAGACCAAGGCCUUCUAUUGGUGGGUAUUCCUUGAGGUCUCACCGGCCAUGCUUGGUGUAGCACACCUGAAACGAGUCAAUCUCAUAUUGACUGAUGGAAAUGCCAACAAGUACAAUGCUCUUGAUCAAGGAAUCUUUCAUUAUUUUAAGAAUGCCAUUCGUUGGAGAUGUGGUCAUCAUCUAAUAGAAAAAACCCAUCAAAUCACACGGUCCUUCUGA